AAAUAGAGAGUAAUACCGAAAUUUGCUUCAUAAUUUCAGCUCAUAAUACUCUUCGCUACAAGGUAUAUGGAACGGGAACAUUCAGAUUGUCCCGUAUUUCAUUUUGUGAAAUCUGGUCACCCUGGUGAGGUCUCUCAUUGAUCAAGGAGCACAAUUUGAUAUGGCUGAUAAUAAGGGUAUCACUCCUCUCCACAGUGCAUCAGUCAAUGGUCAUCUUGAUGUCGUGAAAUAUCUCAUUGAUCAAGGAGCACAAGCUAAUACGGCUGAUAAUAAGGGUGUCACACCUCUCCACAGGGCAUCAAUCAAUGGUCAUCUUGAUGUCGUGAAGUAUCUCAUUGAUCAAGGAGCACAAGCUGAUACGGCUGAUAAUGAUGGUAUCACCCCUCUCCACGGUGCAUCAUUGAAUGGUCAUCUUGAUGUCGUGAAAUAUCUCAUUGAUCAAGGAGCACAAGCUAAUACCAUGAAUACGGCUAGUAAUGCCGGUGUCACACCUCUCAACAUUGCAUCAUUCAAUGGUCAUCUUGAUGUCGUGAAAUAUCUCAUUGAUCAAGGAGCACAAGCUAAUACGGCUGAUAAUGAGGGAGUCACACCUAUCCACGGUGCAUCACUCAAUGGUCAUCUUGAUGUCGUGAAAUAUCUCAUUGAUCAAGGAGCACAAGCUAAUACGGCUGAUAAUGAGGGAGUCACACCUAUCCACAGUGCAUCACUCAAUGGUCAUCUUGAUGUCGUGAAAUAUCUCAUUGAUCAAGGAGUACAAGCUAAUACGGCUGAUAAUGAGGGAGUCACACCUAUCCACGGUGCAUCACUCAAUGGUCAUCUUGAUGUCGUGAAAUAUCUCAUUGAUCAAGGAGCACAAGCUAAUACGGCUGAUAAUACGGGUAUCACACCUCUCUACAAUGCAUCAUUGAAUGGUCAUCUUGAUGUCGUGAAAUAUCUCAUUGAUCAAGGAGUACAAGCUAAUACGGCUGAUAAUGAGGGAGUCACACCUAUCCACGGUGCAUCACUCAAUGGUCAUCUUGAUGUCGUGAAAUAUCUCAUUGAUCAAGGAGCACAAGCUGAUACGGCUGAUAAUGAUGGUGGAACACCUCUCUACUAUGCAUCAGACCCGGGUCAUCUUGAUGUCGUAAAAUAUCUCAUUGAUCAAGGAGCAAAAGCUAAUACGGCUGAUAAUAAGGGUGUCACACCUCUCCACAGGGCAUCAUUCAAUGGUCAUAUUGAUGUCGUGAAAUAUCUCAUUGAUCAAGGAGCACAAGCUGAUACGGCUGAUAAAGAUGGUAAAACACCUCUCCACUAUGCAUCACACCCGGGUCAUCUUGAUGUCGUGAAAUAUCUCAUUGAUCAUGGAGCACAAGCUAAUACGGCUGAUAAUGAGGGUACUACAUCUCUCCACAGGGCAUCAUUCAAUGGUCAUCUUGAUGUCGUGAAGUAUCUCAUUGAUCAAGGAGCACAAGCUGAUACGGCUAAUGAUCAAGGUAUGACACCUCUCAGCUAUGCAUCACAGACGGGAUAUCUUGAUGUCGUGAAAUAUCUCACUGAUCAAGGAGCACAAACAGCUCUCCACCCGGCAUCUCGGGGCGGUCACAGCAACGUUGGUCGGUAUCUCAAGAGUGAACAAGCAAGAUUAGGGUCCGGAUUAAAAGGUAAAACAUAAUCAAAUCCAGCCGACUACAUAUUUUCGAGGGAAAAACCCUCGAAACAAUUUCAUGAUUGAACGAUGAGUGUUUGUGGAGGGGCGGGGGUGGGCUUGAAAAUUUUGAAUUAUCUAUUCAUAAUUUUUUUUCAAGCUUCACGUAAGCUAGCAUUCAUAUUACAUAACAUGCGUUGAUAUCAUCUAAAAAACGAGGAGUUAAUUCAGCUCUUAAAGAGCGUGUAUAGUGACUGCACUUCAGGGUGCUGAUUUGUGUGGUUCAAAUUCGAACGAGAAAAAUCAGCACUCCGAAAUGCAGUCGAUAUACACGCUCUUUGAGAGCUGAAUUAGCUCUUCGUAUUUAAGUCGAAAGUUCGAGGAUCAGAACUGCAUCGGAAUCUCUUUACUCUGGACAACGACACAUUUGCAAUUGUUCUUCCGCUGGAAAUCUUCUUAAGAUCUGCUCUCACAGUUCACUAACUUUGAUAAGAGCCUCAGCUCUCCAUUGUGAUUCUAACUGCAUUUUAAAAAGAAUCAACGCGAUUUAGAGAGUUUCUGCGAAGUAAAAUCAAAAACUCGAUAUGAUCUGACAUGAAUAUUUGUUUGAUAUCAUGAGAAAGUAUUGCAGAUAAACUUGAACGCUUGAUUCCAAAUGACUUUGACCUUAUAAACUCUGAUAGCCCUAUAAUACAUUCAUGGCAAAUUUUUCAUUGUAAAGUGCACUGGCAUAAAUACGAGCGGUGUACCUAUUGUUCGGGGCGAUGAUCUAUUGCUUCACCCCUCCCCCACCCCCCCCCAUUUGAAUAGAAUGACGUCACGGAUUUACGCCAAUUGGAAAAAGGAGCCAUCACGUAUCGUAGGUACAUAAACUUUCACACAUGGCCUUAAAUGACCUUUGAUUGUAUUACGUGAGCUUUGACAGCCCGACAGCUUAAGGCAUAGUCACAUCGCCCGAGCAUUGUUGGAGCGGUCGUGGAGCGGAGAGAAAAAAAAAAUCAUCACCGCUCGCUCCCG